AUGUGUGGUAUCUUCGCCGCUUUUAGACACGACGACAUUUUAAGCUUUAAACCAAAAGCUUUGCAAUUAGCUAAAAGAGUUAGACACAGAGGCCCAGAUUGGUCCGGUAACGUCAUUAAGAACUCUACUAUUCUAUGCCAUGAAAGACUAGCCAUCGUCGGUGUCAACUCUGGUGCUCAACCAAUCACCUCCCCAUGUGGUAACUAUGUCUUAACCGUCAACGGUGAAAUCUACAACCAUAUCCAAUUAAGAGAACAAUGCCCAGACUACGAAUACCAAUCUUUAUCUGACUGUGAACCAAUCAUCCCAAUGUAUUUGAAACACGAUAUCGAUACCCCAAAGUAUUUAGACGGUAUGUUUGCUUGGUGUCUAUACGAUUCUAAGAAAGAUAGAAUCGUCGCAGCAAGAGACCCCGUCGGUAUCACUACUCUCUACAUGGGUAGGUCUUCCAUGAGUCCAAAGACCGUGUACUUCGCAUCUGAAUUGAAAUGUCUAACCGACGAUUGUGAUGACAUCAUUGCCUUCCCACCAGGUCACGUCUACGACUCCGAGACCGACAAGAUCACUCGUUACUACAACCCAGAAUGGUUAGACGAAAACAGAAUCCCAACCGAACCUGCUGACUAUAAGAAGAUCAGACACACUUUAGAAAAGGCCGUUAGAAAGAGACUAAUGGCUGAAGUCCCAUACGGUGUCUUACUAUCUGGGGGGUUGGAUUCCUCUUUAAUUGCCUCCAUUGCUGCCAGAGAAACUGAAAAGGCUAACAACGAAUUAGAUGUUACCAGAUACGACGAUGAAGAACCACAAAACCAUUUGGCUGGUAUCGAUGACAACGGUAACUUGAUGUCUGCUACUUGGUCUCGUUUACACUCCUUUGCUAUUGGUUUACCAAAUGCUCCAGAUUUAAAAGCUGCUAGAAAAGUCGCUAAGUUCAUUGGUUCUAUACAUCACGAACACACCUUCACUUUACAAGAAGGUCUUGAUGCAUUAGAUGAUGUCAUUUACCACCUAGAAACAUAUGAUGUCACCACUAUCAGGGCCUCUACUCCCAUGUUCUUAUUAUCUAGAAAGAUUAAGGCCCAAGGUGUUAAGAUGGUCUUAUCCGGUGAAGGUUCCGAUGAAAUCUUUGGUGGUUACUUAUACUUCGCUGCCGCUCCAUCUGCUGCCGAGUUCCAUGCCGAAUCCGUCAAGCGUGUCAAGAACUUACACUUGGCUGAUAACCUAAGAGCCAACAAGUCUACUAUGGCCUGGGGUCUAGAAGCAAGAGUUCCAUUCUUAGAUAAGGAAUUCUUAGAUUGUUGUAUGAACAUUGAUCCAAAGGAAAAGAUGAUCAAACCAAAAGAAGGCAGAAUCGAAAAAUACAUCUUAAGAAAGUCAUUCGAUACUUCUGACGAACCAGGUGUAAAACCAUACUUACCAGAUGAAAUCUUAUGGAGACAAAAGGAACAAUUUUCUGAUGGUGUCGGUUACUCGUGGAUCGAUGGAUUAAAGGAUACUGCAGAAAGAGUCAUCUCCGACGAGAUGUUUGCAUCUCCAAAGGCCCACUGGGGCGAUGAUAUCCCAACCACUAAAGAAGCUUACUGGUACAGAUUGAAGUUCGACGCUUUAUUCCCACAACCUACUGCUGCAUCCACUGUCAUGAGAUGGAUUCCAAAGGCUGACUGGGGUUGUGCUGAAGAUCCAUCUGGUAGAUACGCUAAGAUCCAUGAACAACACGUUGAAGCAUAA